AUGAACUUGAAUGGGAACAAUUAUGCUCCAUGGAAGGCUCGCGUGAAGACCCUACUCCAAGCAAAGAGACUUUGGGAAAUCAACGAAGCUACUGUUUUUUUUAUGACUACGCUGUCAGAUGAAAUGGUGGUGGCUGUGAACAACAAGCGCUACGCAUACGAGAUCUUCGAGCACCUAGAGAAGACGUAUGAACCGCGCAGCUGGGGAUGCUUGUGUGCGCUUCGUGAACAGUUUGUAGCCCUGAAGUACCAGGACGGAGCUGACAUGCUGACACACAUCAACGGGCUAAAGACUUUGGCUGGUCGUCUUUCCAACCAAGGAAAGCCAGUAGAUGACACGGAGAAGGUGGACCAGCUGCUAAGCAGCUUGCCAAGGUCGGGGGACUCUUUCAAGAGCCACUACUACAUUCAGGAGACUCUGAUUGCGUGGAUUUCAAUGGAAACGAACGUCAUGGCCGAAGCGGCACGCUAA